ACCACAAAGAUUACACAGCAACUGAAAAAAACAAUCCCAUUUUGCAUAAACAAUUACCCUUUUGUUUGACCUUUCAAUGUAAAGUUUGCUCUUCCGUAUAGACUUCAAUUUUCUUUUCUAGUAACUUGUCAUGAUCUAAAAAAUGCAGUGUUGAUUUAUUUCUACCUUGAUCUGGCACAUGAGUUUAUUAUUAACAUGACUGAAUCAGAAAUUUAAUGUAAAAAAAAACAAUAAAAAUUGUUUUAUCAUUGUUAAAAGAAGUCAAAACGAUGCAGCAGAUGAAACCACUUCAAAACGUCUGUACUUAAGUUAAACUUUGAGGCAGUGAGCAAAGAGGAUAAGGAGGAGGAGGAGGAGGGCCCCUGCCGGGCUCAAGGGACCCAUAGAUCACAUCACAUCCGGGGCUGGUUUAUUCUAAUAACGAAACGUCGAACCCGGAAAGACGACAAGUUUAAUGUAAUCCGAUCACGCAAACAAACAGACGCGAGGUUUUAGUGCAUACUUGUUUUAUUUUAUUUUUGAGUCUACAUUUCCGAAUGCUGCGUGUGAACGUUUUUCCUGGAGUUUGCUCGCCAUGAUCCCGCGCGCCAGGCUCGGCUGCGUCUGCUCUUAGCGCCGCUGCGGCUGCGGGGCGCUGGCUGUGGCGCACACAGCGGUGAUAUGCGAGAGCGGCAGCAUGCCGUACGUUGACCGGCUGAACCGUGUGUGCGGCUUCCUGGACGUGGAGGAGAAGGAGAGCAGCUGCCGCUUCCAGAGGCGAUACUUCAUCCUAGACACCAAGGGAAAUGCUCUGCUCUGGUAUAUGGACAACCCCCAGAACUUGCCCAGUGGAGCCAGCUCUGUUGGAAGCCUGAAAUUAACCUACAUCACCAAGGUGAGUGAAGUUACAGCAAAGCAAAAGCCAAAGACAGAGUUCUGCUUCGUCAUUAACGCAGUUUCACGGCAGUACUUCCUCCAAGCCAAUGAUGUGACUGACAUGAAGGACUGGGUGGCUGCUCUAAACAAAGCCAGUAAAAUAACUGUUCCUAAGUCUGGCCCCCCACCAGUGAGACCUGAUGUGACCCCUGAGAUCAACGAGACUCACAGAGGGAAGAGGCAGGCCUAUAAGACUGAGAUCAUCGGCGGUGUGGUGGUCCACACUCCCAUUCAGAAUGAGGCUGAAGAAACAAAUGGGAAGGAGAGGAAGGGGAACAGGCCUGGUGUGCUGAGAUGUGGUUACUGUGUUAAACAAGGAAAUGUGAGGAAGAGCUGGAAGAGGCGAUAUUUCACGCUGGAUGAUAACGCAGUCUGUUACUACAAGUCUGAGAAUGACAAGGAGCCCCUCCGAGCCGUUCCGCUCAGAGAAAUUCAAAAGGUCCACGAAUGUCUGGUCAAAUCAGGGGACCUCCUGCUCAGAGACAAUCUUUUUGAGAUCAUCACCAGCUCUAGAACCUUCUACAUCCAGGCCGACUCCCCAGAGGAAAUGCACGGCUGGAUCAGGGAUAUUGACUCAAAGAUCCAGGAGUUUAGAGGCCCGUCAAGAACGGUAAGCUCCCAGUUCAAACGAUCCUCUUCGCUCUAUCGGUGCCCCAACGCGUCCUCUGCAUCUCGCCGCCAACCGAACGAUGACCGGAGACCUCAGCUGGUCAAGUCCUGCUCCGUGGCCCCGGGCUGGCAGCCUUGGACUCCCGUCCCACCGGGCGAACCCUCCGUAAUGGACACAGAGGAGGACGAGGUCUCGUUUAGCUCCUUGCCCACCCUGAUUUCCCCCUCCUCCUCCUCUUCCUCCACCUCCUCCUCCUCCAACUCCCUCUCCGCCCCCAACCCCUGCCUCAGCACGUCUCCAGUCCCGUCCGGCAGCGGCUUGGGGAUCCUCACUGCAUCAGCGGACGCAGCCAGCGGACGCAGGCGGCACCGCUCGCAGCCACAGCCCCCCCGCAGCUUCCCCUUCAGCCUCGACGACGACACCAUCCGCACCACAGACGUGUAGCUCCCAGAGCUCUGACCGAACUCCCACGUGGAUCCAAGUAUUGGUACUUGUUGGGUAAAAAUGAAUGUGACUUGUAACGAUAGUAUUCUCUGCUAAUGAAGAGACACUGUGUCUGACUCAUCACUGAGGUGGGAUAGUGGAGCCCCCUGCUGGUGUUGAAACUGUGUCACAGAUGAAGGACGCACCAACGAGGUGGGGAGGGCAGUGAGGGGGGGCACAGUGUUGUUCAGUGGACUGUGAAAAGGUAGACUGGAGUGUUUUAGUGCGAGCUCCACAGAAAACUUGAAAAAUGUUUUUUGGCAAACUUUGAAUUGACGGCACAUGCUUUCAGCCUUUGCACUUGCCUCUCAUUGGAUUUGUGGGUCACCCCUGUUACAGAGUAUUCUCAAAGAGUGUUUAAAGGCAUUGGAAUACUUUUAUAUGCAUAUUUCUUAUUUUUGUACUCAAACUUCUCUUCACAAAAGUUCAAUAUUAUGGACGCUUUCAUUUCUACACUGCUCCUACAAGUGUUUUUUUUAAAUUUUAUUUUAAUAAAGAAAAACCACACAUUGUUGUCAUAACCACAACAGUUUUGCUUUUAACUUUUUGAACUUUCAAAUUGAAGAUGAGUUGUUCUCCUGGGGUGGCAGCUUAGUACCUUCCUGCAGUGUUUCAAUGGUACUUGUGCUGGUGUCAAAUAGCAGCAGCAGCUGUGUGCGUUUGUUGGUUGAAAGCUUUAUAAAUGUGAUUGUGUUAUUGCACCUCAGAGUGGGACGAUUUGCCACUACUUUUAGUAAUUUAACUGUAAUUCUGCACUUUGUAUAUUUACCCAUGUUUUGUAUUAUUUCUUUAACGGUAGACGAUGGGCUGAUGCACACCCAAAGCGCAUGCAUUUUUUUGCUUGUAUUUUAAAAAAAGAAAAAGUGCAGCAAAGUACCUUCAGAUAAUGCAUAUGAGCUCAUUUUGAAGUAAAAAAUAGAGAGGAGGCAAUCUGGUUUCCUAUCAGCGUCUGUCAUUUCACCGUGGGUAGUGUGAAUGUCACAGCCAUUAGAAAUAGCCAUGUGCAGGAGUGUCAAUGUUUCAAAAACUGCUUUAUACACCUAUUUUUUACGUUUUUAAAAGAGUAGUGGACUGUAAAAUCUUAAAGGUUUUAAAAACAGUCUUGCUUUUUUAACAGUUGCCUCCUGACUAUCUACAUUCUCACCUCUGCAGCUUUUUUGUUUCUUUUUUUAACACUCUUUGCUAUGAACUUUGAGUUACUGCUUCUUAUUUUUGUUCCUGCUUUGUUUUGUUUUAAAGCCAAAAAACAGAGACCACUGAAUGGAAAAAUAAAUAAAUGACUUGCAUAGAAAAUCCCCACAAUAACUUUUGCUGUCAUAUUUUUUUUUUUUAAACAUGAUGCAAACUGUACUAUUGUUUUCAAAUAAAGUAGAAGAUCUGGUCUCAUUCAUGGUUUAAAAAAAGGUUGGAAUAUAAGCUUUGUGCAUAAAUAACAGUGACUGAGUUUAAAUAAAAAGACCCAUCUGUUCAAAA